GCAUUUUAUUAUAAUUCAUUUUCUAAGUCUAUAUAUGAUUCUUUGUAAUUAUUUUAUAAAAAUCUCUUAUUAGAUUUCGAGUGGGCAAUUGAAAUACAUCGUUUAGGUUUGAAAUUUCUAGGCUUGUGGCCUAAAAAUGAAGUCGCUAUAAAGAGUUUGUGGUCAAAACUGCAUGCAAGCAUUAUUUUAAUUUUAUUAAUAUUUGUUUCUAAUGUUCCGAUGAUAAAUGCGGCUAUGCAAUCUUGGGACAAUAUGGUAACUGUAAUAGAUAUUUUACGUAUAACAUUAUCAGUGACUACAGCAUCAAUAAAAUAUAUCAUCAUGAGAUGGAAACAAACAGUUCUCUUAUCAAUUGUAAAUAUGAUGGCGGAAGAUUGGAUAGCGUUUAAGUUGGAUGCAGAGAGAGCUGUAAUGAUAAAACAAGCACGAGUUGCUCGAUUAAGCAUGGUUGUUUGUUAUGUUAUCACCAUAAUCGCAUGUCUAACGAUAACUGUUCCUACUUAUUUUGGCAUUCAAGUACUAAACCUAAUGAAUGUUACGGGUCGAUGCAAAUUGUUACCACUACAGACGUAUAACUUCUACAAUGUAGAUAAGAGUCCGCAGUUUGAGUUAACAUUUUUUCUUCAUGUUAUAACGAUCUUUGUAGCAGGUUUUGUUUACGUGAUUGUAGAUAUUUUCUUAUUAUUAUUAGUUCUUCAUAUUUGCGGCCAAUUAGAGAACUUUAGAUAUCGACUAGUUAGUUUAGUCUCAUGCGAGAAUUUUAACAAAGCAUUAAACAAUAUUGUGACAUCCCAUUUACGUCUUAUCAGGUAUUUUAUUUUAAUAAAAAAUAAUUAUAUAAAUAUUUUUAUAAUUUUUCUUUUGACACAAUCUAAACAUUAAAAAAAUUAAUUUGUACAUAUUUAUAAUGUUUUUAUAUAGUUUAAUUUUUUAAUAUUUUUAUACUAUAGAUUUAUCGACAAAAUUGAAAAUAUAUAUUAUUUAAUGAUGUUGUUAAUGGUACUUUAUCUUGCAAUAAUAAUUUGUUUAAACACCUUUCUAUUUACUAUUGUAAGUAAAGCAUACAUAUAAAAUUAUUUUAAUGCAUACGUUCGCUUCUACAUUUACUUCUAUUUUAUAUGUUCUAGUUACUUCAUGAAAGAAAAGUAAAUGGCGCUGUUGUUGCUCAAAUAUUUUAUUUGAUAUUUUUUCUGCUUGUUACAUUGACAGGUACUUUUUUAUAUUGUGGUGCGGGAGAGCUUAUAAUGGAACAAGUAAGUUGCGUAAUAAUACACAAAUAUAAAUAAAUACAAGCAAUGUAAAUGUAGUAUAUUUAUAUUUUGGAAAAAUAAUUUUCCUAAAUUAGAAUAUGUUUGACAAUUGAAAAGUCUUUGUUUAGUUAUGUUAUCAUUUGUUGUCAAAUUUUAUA